GUACUCGUGUUAGAGUCAGAGCACGCGCAUUUCAAAAGUGCCGCUUGCUUGAUUGUGAAGUAGGUUAUGCGUAGUUUUCAACACAAAUUUUUAUUUUUGAGUAGAGCAGGAAGUUAUUUGACGUCAAAAAGGUGACAGCAAAUCUGGACAACGAGGAGGAUAUCAUGAUUGCCGCAUCUGAACCACAGGAGUUUGUGCCUUUCGGACGGCAUCAUCUACAGAGACAUCCGGGAGAUGUAGUAGUCGAAGCUAUUAACCGGCAGCACCAUCCAGACUCCUCUCUACUUCAUCGUCUGAGCCAAGUUGCAAUAUCAGAGGAUACCAAGAAUCGUGAAAACUGGCGCAUAAGGGCAAGCUUAGAUGAUGAUCAGCAGUGUGAAGAGGAGCUGUAUAUGAAUGGUAAAAUAGCUGUGUGGAGCCAGGGGUCGAUGUCAAGUCAUAGAAAUCCAAACAGCAGUAAAGUGAUAAAAAGUAGUUACACAAGUGAAACACCAUUGCAAGCUGCCAUCUGGUGUACAUUCCAUGUUUCUUCUUCUGAUAAACCUAUCCUUAGCUGGACAGCUGGAAGGGCCCCAACAGAAGAACCAGAAGGGGCACCUACACCUGCUGUUUGCUUAAUAGAUGCUGAAAACAUCAAAGUUUAUACUCAAGAUGGCGAAGAUUAUGUUUCAUCUCUUCAGUUUGAGGUGUCUGCAGCAUGGCCGUGCAAGUACGGCCUCCUACUUGAACGAGCAACAAAUGUUUCAGCACCUCAUUUUGAUUAUGAAUUUGAUGAAAAUCCACCUACAAUUUUUUCAUUAUCACACCCUUUAGAUGAUGUUACCCCGGUAGUAUCAAAACAUGUGACACUCUCAAAUAUAUGUGAUCCCUGCCAGAAAAUUGUAUUUGUCAGUGAGGAACCAUCUGUAUGUAUGACAUAUGACUCAAAUUGUGGACUUCACAGUGUGUGGAAAAUAAGAAAGGUGCAAUCAGAGGAAUGUCGCUUCUUCUAUCCUGAUCAGUCAAAUACUACACUGAACCACUCGAGUGCGUCCACAUUUAUGGGAAAUGCAAGUGUUAUGUCCAAUAGCAACCGUCUCUCUAUUGGAGCCACACGUAUUUCGGCUCCUGUUACUACUGCUGCUUCUCUUAGUGUGGCAAAUGUCACUGCUGGCCUGGGAUCUGUCUCAGGAAUUGCGUCUUGUCGAGGCAGUCCAGUGCUGCCUUCCUCUGCUCGAACGUCUGCAAGCUCCUUCAGCCCUCUUGGGAACCGUGCAGCAUCUCCAGGUGAGGCAUUUGCACUGUUAUCACCAGCCUCUUCUUGCCGUUCUGUCCGUCGUCCAUCUGGUAGCCCCCUCUCUCUUGCAGACUCAAGACUGACAGUCAGUCAGGCUACUGACUACCAUGUUGUACCGAAGCCAUUGUAUCCAGAACUUUGCAUUGAACAUGUUUGGACAGAAAAAUCAAGGGAAGGAAUAGCGUGUGCUGCAUCACACGCAUUUCUUGUGACAGAUAUGGUUGGGCAGAUGUAUUUAUGUUACAUGCUACCAGCUCGAAAGCAUCUGAUGUGCAUGCGUCUUGAAUUGACCCAUGAACAGCAACUCAUCUUUGGGGUUGCUUGUGCGAUUCAAGCUAAAGAUGCUGCCCCUCUUCCGAAGAUAAACAUGAUAGCAACAAUAGAUUUGUCAGGUGGUGUUGUGCUGUAUACUGGUUUGAACAUGGUUGCCAAAGUACAUAUUGGAGGAAUUCCAUCGGCAUUAACCACAUCAUCUUAUUUGUCUUCGCACUUAAGUCCUUUUCCGAGGCGAAGCAGUGCCAUUUGGUCACCUAGUGGAUCUGACUCUCUUCUGGACACGCCAAAGUUUGAAGAAGCAGUGCGCCAGUUAUCCCCCGUAGCACCACCACCAGCUCCGCCUGUUUCUCCAAAUGAAAAAGUACCAUUUAGUUCUUCAUACUUGGAAGGAAGUCCACAGGCUGGUGGCCAGCUUGUGCAUAUCCGUGAUCCAGUUGCUAACAGAAUUACAUUGGAAUAUGCUGAUGGGUCUCUGUUCCGUAUGGCUCUCCCAGAACUUUGUACCUCACCAUUAGUUAUGAACUGCUUGAAAGUGUUGAAGAAUGUUCUUCAGAAGGAUGUGGCAAUGCAGCUACUGGUUCGCUGGUAUGCUUCAAGAAAUGCUCCUGGUUCACAAGACAUAGCACCACAACAAGAAUGGCAACUCUUUUUGGGUGUCCUUUUAGAUAUGAUAGGCUACGAUGUUGAGCAAGUGCCUGUGAUGCGAGCUCAACGUGAUGGACCCGAUUCAACGGGGUCCGACGGGUUUCAUCACCUACAACAGCAUGCUAAAAAACGUCGAAGCUCAGACAUGGGUUCUUCAGAGGAUUGGGAGUAUCUGUUGCGUUCAGAUCAUCAUCGGACUCUUGCUGCCAGCGUCACAACAAUGCUUGGUUUACACCCCCCUCCACCACCAAGUUCUGAGAAAUCACAUGAGAGUGCCACUCCAACAAAUUCAUCUGCAUCACUUUUCUUAUCAUUGCCUUUGUUGCAUUAUGCGCUACAUCUGCUUUAUGAGGACUUGAAGCUGAACAUGCUGAUGUCAGAAGUAUUACCAUCAUUAGCUCAACUUUUGUACCAGCUUUCAAGUGACUUGAAACUGCCAGCAUAUGUUGAUCAUUACUGGAAGGAUUAUCCAACACUCUGCCCUGCCAAAGUACUGAAGGAAAGCUAUAUAUUGGACUCAGAUUUGUCGAAACUACAGUUUCCACAUUUCAUACCACAGAUGCCUCCAGAUGUUUUUCAUCAUAUAUAUAACAUGAUUAUGGGAAGACCGACUGAGCCAUUUCCUUACAUAAGACAAGUUAACAGGAGAACAAAAGACAUUGUUCAGUUAGUUGCUGUAAUUACCCAGGGUGCAGAGAAUCCAAACUUGCAGCUGGAACAUUUUAUACAGCCUGUGGUACCAGCAGGAAUCAGAGGAGAAACACAAGAAGUUCUUUCAGCAAGGGAUGCUGGACGCAGCGCUUCAUAUCCGUUUCCACAUAGGGCAGUUCUUCUGAUGGUGGAAAUGGAUAUCACUGCAGGAGACUUGCAACAGAUGCCUGUUGGUGUUGCAAUGCUGUUAAGUGAAGUUAUUUAUCUGAGCCGACAGAAUCCACCUUCAGAUUGGCCUGAGACAGCUUAUAGACUUAUAGCACGCCAAGACUUGGUUGCCCAGUGUUCGCCAAAUAGCAUGGUUGACAUUGGACACUCAAGGCGCACAUCUACUGCGUCUGCACAUGGUUCACUUCGUGUCCCACCAUUGGACCUCGAUACUGAUGAUGGCAUGGAAAUGUCUGACACUGAGCAGACACUGAAACUACGAUUCAGCAAAGAUCACAGGGUAGCAGAAGUAAGGCGACUGCUGCAAUCAUCACAGCCAGUUAGAAUCGCCAUACCACAGCAGCCAGAAGUGUCAGACCAUGAGUACAUAGAAGAGCAAGAGAAACAUCUUUAUGCCCUGUGUACUCGUACAAUGGCUUUACCUGUCGGAAGGGGAAUGUUCACAUUAAGAACUGCAGCUCCUAUCAUAACAGAAACGCUUAGCAUACCUCGACUCUGUCUGACAGGACGAGCAGCACCUCGUGGGACAACAGUCGAUUUGUCACACAUUGAUGUUGUUCCCAAUAUGAACAUGUGGCCUCUCUUCCACAAUGGAGUUGCUGCAGGCCUCCGAAUAGCACCAAAUGCAUCAGAUAUUGAAUCUGCGUGGAUUGUGUUCAACAAACCAAAGGGCACAAGUGAAGCAUAUACAGAACAUGCGGGGUUUCUGAUGGCACUUGGACUUAAUGGGAAUCUUAUGAGCUUGGCAAGACUCAACAUGUAUGAAUACCUUGUAAAGUGCCACGAACUGACAAGUGUUGGUCUACUUCUUGGUGUUGCUGCAACAAAGAGAGGCACUAUGGAUGUUGCGACAACAAAGAUGAUGAGUGUCCAUAUGGAAGCACUACUGCCGCCAACAUCAAUUGAAUUAGAUAUUCAGCAAAAUAUUCAAGUAGCAGCGCUGCUUGGAAUAGGUCUACUGUAUGAAGGCACAGCACACCGUCGCAUGGCUGAGGUUCUACUUUCAGAAAUAGGACGACCACCUGGUCCAGAAAUGGAGAAUAGUGAUGAUCGCGAGUCCUACUCUUUGGCAGCUGGCUUGGCUUUGGGGCUUGUUGUACUGUGCCAGGGGCAAGAACUAGAUGGCCUCAAUGACCUUGCUAUACCAGACAGACUACACCAUUAUAUGGUGGGUGGACAUCGCCGGCCCCUUACAGGCUCCCAAAAAGAAAAGUAUAAAUCUCCAAGCUACCAGAUUCGUGAAGGUGAUGCUGUUAACAUUGAUGUCACAAGUCCAGGUGCCACCUUAGCUUUGGGAAUGAUGUUUUUCAACACUGGAAACAGGGCAGUAGCAGAUUGGAUGAAAGCUCCAGAUACACAGUACCUCCUUGAUUUUGUGCGCCCAGAUUUCCUAUUACUUAGAAUUGUGUCUCGGUCACUUAUAUUGUGGGAUUCAAUACUACCUACUGUAGAAUGGGUGGAAUCAAAUGUUCCUGAGAAUAUUCGUCCAUAUUGUUUAGUAAAACCACCAAGAAUUCCACCUCAGAAUAUUGAUUAUGAAACAAUGAAUCAAGCAUACUGCAACAUUGUUGCUGGAGGUUGCAUGGCAGUUGGUUUACGAUUUGCUGGUUCUGCAAAUAAUGAAGCCUUUAAAACAUUACUUCAUUAUGCAAAGAUGUUCACAAACUUGUCUGGAAAAUCUAUUGCGGAACUGGCUGGCAAGUCUACUAUAGAAACCUGUCUGAAUGUGAUGCUGUUGUCACUGGCAAUGGUGAUGGCAGGAACUGGAGACUUGGAUGUAUUGAGACUUGUAAGACAUUUACGCUCACGUGUUGGUCCAGCAAACAGUGUCGUAACUUAUGGAUCACACCUUGCGACACAUAUGGCCCUUGGUCUAUUGUUUUUGGGUGGUGGUAGAUACACUCUCAGCACUUCACCUUCAGCUGUUGCUGCAAUGUUAUGUGCCUUCUUUCCUAAGUUUCCAACACACAGCAAUGAUAACAGGUACCAUUUACAAGCAUUUCGUCAUUUAUAUGUACUGGCUGUAGAACCACGGUUGCUGAUGCCUCGAGAUAUUGACCAAGGCACCUUGUGCUAUGCACAUGUGAAUGUUGUUUACCUGGACACCAUCCACUACCAAGGGCAAAGUGUUCGAUUAAGAGCACCGUGCAUGUUACCAGAACUAAAUUUAUUGAAAGAGGUCCGAGUGGAGGAUGAUCGCUAUUGGUCUGUGACUUUUCAUAGGGACAAGAACUGGGAUAAUUUAAGAAAGAUACUGCAGGGGUCUGGUGUGCUAAAUGUCAAGCAACGAGCUGGAUGUUUGUCCUACUUGGAAGACCCACAAGGAUUUCGUAGUCUUUUAGCACAGACUCUAACGACGGAUACAGCUGUCUCCUGGUCUGUGAGGGCUGACUCAGUGAAUGCUUUCUCAUCAGACCCAAAUGUGGCUAAAUUUGCACAGUGUUUCUUGGAAAAUGAAGAACUUGAAACAAGCAUGUGUGAGAGACAAAUUAUACAGCUCCUGGCAACUGUUGUAUAUGAAUGUGUAACUCAGGACAAGCUGAGUAUUUUACCAAUGUGGCUCACAAUUAUUAAGACUGUUCAGAGUAUGGCAACAGAACCAAAUCAUUUGUUGAUGUGGCAACUGAAACUUGUAACAGCACAAGGAAUCAGUCGUGCAAGUUGGCGCCAGGGGCAGUCUGUGCUGCCACUAGUUUCGUCGGACAUGGCCUUGUCUGUAAUUCAGAGAGUUUUACAGAUACUGGAUUCGUGGGAAACAGAUCUUUCACUGCCUCUAAAAGCUUAUCUGAAAGGUGAGCUGUGCUGCAGAACUGAAACAGCCCUACGAUUGACUAUGUAUCUCACUUAUCAUGAAAUACCUUAUUAUGGAAAGUUUGAGGCACUCGAAGCAGCAAAUGUAGCUGAUCCAUUAAGCAUGAAUCUGAAACUUCAGCAGUACCGCAUACCACCAAGAACUCUGCAAAUGAUUUCGUCAAUCUUUGCAACAGAAAAUAUGCUACUUUAAGGAAGGUCUUGCCAGUUGUGAUUUCUGAUAGUUUUGUUGGAAAAGUCACAGACACCAGAGAAAGGUGGCGAAGAAAUUUGUGUACCGUACAAAGCUGUGAUACUUCACAUAAUUUUUAAUUGGAGCGUUGCACUGUAAAUGUUGUUCGUUGUUGUGUAUUAAAUGUUGUACAAGACUGUUUUCCACUGAAUUCAUGGUUUUACAUGCAAUUUAAAGUGGAAUUGUAACUAUGAAUCUUUUGUAACACUGAUUUAUUUCAGUAUUGUAUUUAAAAAUUUUAGAAUAAAUUAUUUUUAUCAGUUA